GCAUUUGGAGUGCGUGAGUUACGUCAUCCUCAGUUUGAGGAUAGACGCUGGCGAGGAAAGACGCACUUAUUUUCUCUCGCUCUUCCUACUUAAUGUUGGUAUGUAAGUAGAGUUCAUUCAAUUAAAGUUCGUUGAUCAUUGAGUACAAUGUUAUAUUGAAUCGAUUGUACACAUGCAUAUUGUGUAUUUUGAAUUUUGUGUGAGCUUUAUCGGACGCACGUGGAGUGAACUAACUGUUGAUUUGUGCACAGUGUGUGAUGUGGGAAGAGGUUGGCGCAACGAAAAAUAUUGAUCAAAUUGUCCCAUAUGUUUCCAGGGCGGGUCAAUAAAUUCAGCUGUUCUCAAGCCAUCCUGUUGUCUACUGUGUGAAAUUCGUUAUGUGCAGAAAGGGAUCUGCUACAUAAAACUGGUGCCGUGACCUUCUUGGAUACAACUGAUCAGCCAGAGCCGAUCGCCGGGUGUUGUUCGGUUUCGUGGAACUGUUGCUGCGCCCUCCCUGGAUUCGGAAAGCCGGCCUGAGUCGUCUGCCAGGUGUCAAGCCGUGGAUCGAGUCCUGCCUUCCAGUGUCAGCUAAUGAACUUUCCUUGUUGCAUACAGCUCUCUUACAUUCUUAACAUUGACUUUCGAACAUUGUAUUACUAAGACACCGAGUCAAUUUAUUUUGUUAUGCGUUAGUGACCAAUUUGGACCGUAAGAUGUACAAUAUGUCUACACCAGUCUUGGGGAGGGGUAGAAGUUUCAUCAGCUCAGAUGGUGUUGUGAGACGUAGAGAAAAUGAUCAGAUUCGAGAUAUUAAUUUAGGCUCUUCACAGAUGGAAGGAAAAGUCAAUGCUGGUGCUCCAUCUUUUACAACUGCCCCAAUAUGUGAUGAUUCUCGUUUGCAGAUAACAGAGCUACUUGAAGAGCUUGGUAGCCAAAUUGGCGAUAGUAUUUUGGACCGGCUCUUAGCUGAUCGUAGUGCUUCUGCUCUGGGGCAUCGGACUGCCCCCGAACCAGUUAAAAGCGAUCCAGCUAGCACUACACUUGACUUAUCCAGGUUGAAUCUGAUUGUACGUUCUGACAAUAGAAGCCCUCCUAUUUUCCGUGGUGAUGGUACGGAUAAACAUACUGUUCAUGAGUGGAUAGAAUUAAUGGAGGUUUACUUACAGAAGUGUGAUCGCCCGAAAGCAGAGCAUUCCAUUGAGAUUUUGAACCACCUUUUGGGUAGAGCUAAAAACAUUGUAAAAGUGGGGCUAAAAAGUAAUCACUCACCUGACAUGGUUGUUACCCCUGAAACCAUUUACAAAAUGCUCUUACGCUAUUUCAGUGAGACCCCAGAAUCUUGUCUUCCACUGGCAGACUUCUAUUCUACAAUGCCAUAUGACAAAGAAAGCCCUGUUGACUAUUGGGUCCGUCUCAAUAAUGCGGCCGAAAUCGCUGAUAAUCACCUACAGAAAGAGGGUAGUCGAAUGAAGAACAUUUCACAGGAAAUUGCAAUGAUGUUCAUUAGAAACUGCCCUAAUGUUGAACUUUCUAGUAUGUUCAGGUACAAGCCUAUCACGAAGUGGUCAUCAGCAGAGGUGCAAGAAGCAAUUGACGAGCAUCAAAGGGAGCUGAGAACCAAGAAUCCACAUCCUUACUCUUUCCCUGGCAACUCGCUUCAGGUAGCAACUGCCGCCGUCAGGCACACAGAGGCCUCUACAGGGGACAACACUGCAGUUAACUCAGCAGCGUGCAUCCCUGGUACCCAUGCCACAAAGCCUGAGAUCGCCACAGCGCCUCCACACACAGCCUUGACUGACACUGGUACAUUAGAGCGAGUGCUCAGCAUGCUGGAAAGAGUGCUCGAACGCACUAAUGCGCAGUCUGCUUCUGAUAGACCGCAAAUACCUUCUUGGUCUCGUCCAUCCAAAUGUCAUGUUUGUGGUGAGAGAACCCAUUCCACACGGUCACACUGCAUGUCUGAGAAAAGAUGUCUAAACUGCUUAGAAGUUGGUCACCUGCGGAGGGAUUGCCCUAAGAAAAGUGCUGAGUAUGGGAGUCGCUCCCAGAUUCAGGGAAACUGA